AGCUACAGAAAGCGACUGCGCAUGCGUGCGGCUCCCGGGUAGCUGACCGUCUCUGAGGCGGCGGGGCUCGGAUGGCUUCGCGGCGGCGGCAGGAGGAGAUCCUCCGCUUCCACAGCUUCCUCCUGCAAGUAUAUGAGGAAAAAAAGCAGAAUAAUACAACUGGCCCUUCUACUUUUGAGACUGACCUACAAGUCCAUUUGAUCAAUGAAGGCCAUACAAAUCCCUUAGAAAAGCUUUGGGACCAAAAUGGAGGGUUUUUUAUUGUAGAGAAAAUGAGAUCAUAUGAAGAAACCAGCAGUCUGGAAGAAUGGCAAAAUGGUGAGUCUUCUGUUUCUGAGGCUUUCCUGAAAGAGAAUUUAUCAACAUCUCCUUUGGCCCUUUCAAAAGCCAGGCAGUUGAUUUCUUUCUACACAAUGUCACAAAAUCCAAACAUGAAACAUUUACAAAUAAACCAUGCAGUGCAGCUUCCUCCGCUCUGGGUACGAUGUGAACCUUCUGACCCAAAACAGACAGUUUGGCUUGGAGCAGAACCUUUGAGGAAUGGAAAUAACCUUUCGGGAAUCAGGCUUCACACUGUUAAUUGCAGUGGUCCUGUUUCAAAUAAUAAUUAUUCUAUUGGCUUGGAAGAACUGAAAGAAAAUCAUAGAAUGAGACAUCAUGCUUCAGAUCUGACAAUAACAGGCUUUGCCCGUUAUGACUUUCUCGAAUCCACUUCACUGGACUCCUCGACUCAGGAGGAUUAUCUUAUUCCAUUGGAGAGAAAUAUAUAUGCAGAUUUUGCUUGGGAGGGUGUGAAAAUGAUGCUGGAGACCCCUCCCCUCUCAUCCUCUGCUCUGUUGACACUUCAGAUGACCUCUGGGAGCCCCUUGAGUUCUGUAUAUGAGCCAAACAGGGAAUUACAGUUUCUCUUGAGUUUGGCUGAGACCUUGAAGAAUGGAGUAAUAAAAUGGCCGAAGGCACUGGGAAGAAAGUCUGCUGUUGAACUAGUAGAGAAACUUUUGAAAGAUUUAAAAGAUGUAGUAGAUGGACUGACGUCACAAAAUGAAGAUGAUACUGAGGAUAACACUGCUGCAGUCAUUGAUUCCAUGAAAACGCUUUUUAGUCAGCGCGGAGACCUUGAUUUCCUUGAAUUGCUGUGGUGUAAUAUAUGGAGAAACGUUGCUUCGCAUGAGGAGCUGGUGAAGUGUUUAUCAUUGGUAAUAAGAGCCCUUCAGCAUGGAGAACUGCAGACAUGGAUUCAUCAAGAAAGUAACAGUUUACUGAGCAAAUUGAUCAAGCAAUCUUAUCAUGGAAAGAUGGAAACAGUUUCUCUUGAUGGAGAUUCUCCCGUUGAAAUGCUUGUAGAAAUAGGCGUGGAUAAAAUGAAGAGAGACUAUAUCAGCUAUUUUGUGGGCAAAGAAUUUGCCAUACGGACUCAUUUGGAUUACUUCAUGUCCACUUCAGUAAAUCUUCAGGAACAGGUUCAUCGUAUCCAGAAACUACACCACAUGUUGGAAAUUGUGGACAACUGCUUGGAUCUUAUCAAACUAGAACAUGAAAACCUCAUCUUUCUGACACAGACUUGUAUCAAUUACUAUAAAGAAAAUCCUCUGAAUGAAAAGCAUGCAUUUCAGCUACCAGUCAGGACAUGUUUGGUGAAGGAAUUUUACCAAAAUGCUCAUCCUCAAAUAUGGAGAGUGGAAAUCAGCAGCGGUCAAGGACCAAAAAGGGUGAAAACAAUAUGGCAGCUUAGCAGCACCCCUCCAGCUGAACACAUGCAGCCAGCCAAUGGAGAUUCACUGGAUGACACUGAAAUCUGUGACAAGAAAGAGAAGCAUUUUAUCACACUUUCUGAGUGCUCUCAAGUGGACUUCAUCUAAACAUGUGCAACUCUAAGGUGUGUAGACUCCAACUUUCAGAAUUCUGGCUGAGGAGUUCUGGAAGUUAGAGUCCACACUGAGUUGCCAAGGCUGAGAAACAUUGCUAUAAACCCUUGGAAUUGGAUUAAGGGAUCCAAUAUUGAUUGAAAAGCUGAUUUGAGUUAGCUAGCCAUGAGAUGUCUGGGGAAAGAAAGGUGGCAACCUCUGUAAAGAGGGAUAUUUUUUGCUAGCAGUGUUUCAGUGAGUCUUCCUCAUUGAUUAUUGCUUUCAUAUUCUCUGUUCAAAACACUGAACUUUUAUUAUUAGUGCUUUGAAGAAGCAGUUUGGUUUUAUUUCAUUUAAUAGGGAACAGUUUAUUCUUCUUGCACUCCAAGGUAUUCUCAACCAUUUUCUGCAACACUACAAUUCAGAAGCCUCGACUAUUUUGUAUUCCCCAUUCCUGAUGGUGAGGUUACACAAAAGGUUCUGUGCACAGAAUAGGUUUCAACUUUGGACUAAAAUGUGUGUGCUAGGCAGAAGGUUUUAGGGUGGAAGGGAGAGGGGCAAAAAAGGCAAGGACAUAAGCAGUGAUGGUCACUAAGGGGAGGAGGGGAAGAUUGACAUGCAGCCUGGUUUACAGCCCAGGGAAGAGGAGCCGAGUGAUGGAAAGCCCAGCAGCUUUGACCAAGAGGCCUUCCAGAUUUUGUUUGAGCCAAAUCCUGGGGCCAAGAAAAGGUUCCAUGUUCUGAUUCUAUCAAGCUGCAGCCCAUCAGGAAUGAUUUUGGUGGCAUUUCUGAAACGCUUUGCCAAUUUGCCAAUUCGGUGGGAAAAACUGCAUUUUUGUGCCCAGCCAUAAGAGUUAAGUUGGCUUUUAACUAGUUUUGGAAUUGUUGGGAAUUUUAGCAUUGCCUCAUUGAAAUGUAUUUUAUGAGCCACCAAGGAUUGGGGGUUCAUAUAUAUUUGCCAAAUAAACAUAUACUACAGCUUCUCA